UUUAAAAAGAAAUAAUGGAAGUCAGAGACAAGAGAAGAGGAGGAAGAGGAAAGAAAACGUUCGAUGUGGGCGUGUUCCUCCUGUCAGCCUCUUGCCUCUCUCCACGCUCUACAUCGCACAAAUCUCCGCAAUUUAUUGGUUCUGUUUCUCUCUCAACCCUUCAAAUUAAGUUCUAAAGUCUGUACCUUCUCUCUCUCUCUCUCUCCCUCUCUCUCUCUCUGUAGCUUUCUUUCUCUUACGUUUCUGAAUUUCGUGGGUUCUACUUGAAAGAAAUUUCCUUUUAUAUAUAAAAUAAAAGGAUUGUUCUAUUUGUGACGAAUGAGUUGAAAUGGUCGUCUCUAUAUAUUCUUGACUUCUCGUCCGCAUUUUGGUCGUCUCUAUAGAUCUUAAUGAUUAUUGGACAUAAAACGACAUUGCUUUUCAAUUGAGAAUUGAAUUUGUCGCUCCGGUGAUCCGAGUCUCUGAGCGCCAUUUGUUUCAGAUUAUUCCACAUUGCACCAAAACUUUGUCUGAGUAGGAUUCUUAAAUUUUAUGUGAUGAUUGGGUCCAAGACCUGCAUUUGAUUUACAUAUAUACAUGCGCAUUGAAGACUAAGGAGAUUUUCCAAAUGCUGAGAACUCAGCCACGGGGGACAAGAUCUAUAUCUUUAGGAGGUAUGGAUUAUGCAGAGCCAAAGAAGAAGAGAAAUUUUAUAGGAAAAAUUGUUUUGGCUGCUGCCCUCACAGCAUUAUGCAUUCUUAUGCUCAAGCAAUCCUCAACUUUUAACAGCCCAAGCAUGUUCACCCAUCAUGAACCAGGAGUUACUCAUGUUUUAGUUACUGGAGGUGCUGGAUAUAUUGGUUCACAUGCUGCACUUCGUCUUCUUAAGGACUCACACCGUGUAACUAUAGUGGACAAUCUCUCCCGGGGAAACCUUGGUGCUGUCAAGGUUCUGCAAGAACUAUUUCCCGAACCCGGAAAGCUUCAAUUUAUUUAUGCUGACUUGGGUGAUGCAAAAGCUGUGAAUAAAAUAUUCUCAGAAAAUGCAUUUGAUGCUGUGAUGCAUUUUGCAGCUGUUGCAUAUGUUGGAGAAAGCACCCUUGAUCCUCUUAAGUAUUAUCACAACAUUACAUCGAAUACCUUGGUAGUACUAGAGGCAAUGGCUACUCAUGGUGUAAAGACAUUGAUAUAUUCUAGUACUUGUGCAACAUAUGGAGAGCCUGAAAAGAUGCCUAUUACAGAAGAAACUCCUCAGCUCCCCAUAAAUCCAUAUGGAAAAGCAAAAAAGAUGGCAGAAGAUAUUAUUCUUGAUUUUCAUAAGAAUUCCAACAUGGCCAUCAUGAUCUUAAGAUACUUCAAUGUGAUUGGUUCCAACCCAGAGGGCAGAUUAGGAGAAGCUCCCAGACCAGAGUUGCGAGAGCAUGGACGAAUUUCAGGUGCUUGUUUCGAUGCAGCUCGUGGGAUUAUUCCAGGCCUUAAAGUUAGAGGAACCGACUACAAAACUCCAGAUGGCACUUGCAUACGGGACUACAUUGACGUAACCGAUCUGGUCGAUGCUCACGUGAAAGCGCUCGAGAAAGCGGAGCCCGGGAAGGUCGGAAUCUACAAUGUUGGAACAGGAAGAGGUAGAUCAGUGAAGGAGUUUGUGGAGGCGUGCAAGAAGGCAACCGGUGUGAACAUCAAGGUCGACUUCUUACCCCGCCGACCCGGGGACUAUGCGGAAGUGUACAGCGACCCAACGAAGAUCUUGCGUGAGCUGAACUGGACGGCGAAAUACACCGAUCUGCAAGAGAGCUUGCAGACUGCAUGGAGAUGGCAGAAAUCGCAUCGCGAUGGGUAUGGAACCGUUCUGGCCGUGUCGGCAUAAACAUUUACAUUUACAUUUGUAGCUCAUGACUACUUGAAGGACCCAACCACCCUAGCAGCCAGAUCAUACCAGCCCCAGCUUCUCUUCUUCUUUUCAGGAGGGGUUUAAGGUUUUGCAGCAGAGAGGGUUUUUUUAGCAAGAUUCUUCAUCUCGUUCGUUAAUUUUUGCAUUUCAAGUAUAGAGGUGUGUAGGAAGCAGCAGCAGCUCAUUUAUUGUAUUCAAUUUACGUAAUUCAUGUAGCUUAUUAAUAACACCAGUGGGUAAUAUCAAUAUAUGAAAUGGUUGGUUGUACCUUA